AACGUCAGCAAGUUCAACUCAGCAAAAACCGACGCAGGAGGUAUCCAAAAAUUUUGUAAAAACAAGGGCAAAGUUAAAAUUUUAUUACAUUUUUCAAUUAUACUUGAUAAUAAACACGUAAUUAUAAAAUAAAUUAAAAAUGAAAAUCAUCGAUCACGCAAAAAACUUAGAUGCUUUGCAAUCAGUAAUUUUAAACUGGAUGGACAACAAUUAUAAUAUUUGAUUCUUGAUUUUUAAAAUAACAACACUUUCAUUUCAAAUGUAACCUGCGGAGUGUUAAAAAGAAGGGGAUAAUUGAAUAAAGUAAUAUGCCCUCAAAUUUUCGCAGUAGGUAGAGCCUCAGUGUUCCUUGCGUUUUGACAAACCCGGUAAUUUACAUUAAUUAAUUACAUUCAUAAUCCAAACCUCAGGAAACUGGUAGAUUGAAUCAGUCACGAAAUGAAUUACUUUGUAUAAAUUUUUGGUAUAUAUUAGAUCCCGCAAUUAAUGAUUACUUCAUGCCAAAUUGUUUACAUUUACCGUAAUUUGAAAAAGUGCAUUUCAAAACUUUUUAUGAUCGCGGCGCCUCUAGCGUUAAUUCUGAUAAACUCGAUGGAAAUAUUUAUAUUUACCAGAAUUUCGUUCCAAAAAAAUAUUCCACAUACUUUUUAAAGCGUUUCGCCAACCAAACGCGCGUCGAGUACAUAAAAUUGAGUUUCGGUUUGUGGUAAAACGGGUUAUUGUGUGACAGUUAAGCUGAGUUCACAUCGCGGGACAUAAACGAAAAUAUGACGUCAUGACGUCUCUCGUCUGCCCGAGAAGUCCCACGCGUUCCCGAAGUCAAGCUAGUCGAAGGCCUAGGGCUUCACUGCACUCCGAUUGUCCACCGGAGGCAGAUACAGAUCCUCCCGGACGCACAAGCCCCGGACUAGGACAAAGAAGUGUAUCUUUGAACACCCUUCAACCAACAGUGAUACAGCCGAGGAUGGCGCAAUUAGAAACCUUGGAAGCAAAGAUGGCCAGUAUAGAAGUGUCCUUAUCUAGCACGCCAAGAAGAAAAAAAUUAAACGGCAUCGCAUUAAGUUCGAUUCGAUCCAUACCCAAAGAGCUAGCUGCGAAAGAACUAGAACAUCUACGGAACGCGUUGAGAGAUAAAGAAAACAUCAUCCAAAGUCUCAAGGGACAACUCACUAUGCCGGGAUUGAGAUUAACGUCUAUGCUAGGUGCUGGCAAUAAUAAUAACAACGGCACCAUCGAUAGGGAACUCUCAGAGGUCGAGAAAAGACAAGCGGAAGAAAGAUUGGGAAGACUAAAGACUGAUAUCGAUAAUAAGAGAUUAGCUAUAAAGAACCUGAAGAUGGCCCUCGAGCGACUCGACAUUACCGACAACAUUGACGUUCGAAUUCAACAAGCUGAGCUGGAGUAUCAGUUAGGACGGGAGGAGUUGAAUCUUUUGACUCUGCUGGAAGAAACCAGAGCGCUUCAACUGUGCAUAGAAGAGUCGAACAAAUGCACCUCAGAGAGCAACUCCUUGUAUAGUUGUGUCAAGGACAAGGGCAACAUAACUUUGCAGGCAGUAGAGGUUGAGUAUGAUCCCAAGAGCCCAAAAUUCGUAGCCGGUCAAAAAGAUAAUGCCGGUGGGUUGUGGAUAGAUUGGGCCCUGGAAGAUACGAACUUGCGCAAAGCCGACAGACUCAUCGAAGUAAACGGGAAAAUUGUUUUAACGAAAAAUCGCGACGAACUGGCUAGACUGCUUGCGGCGGCUCCCGAUCCAGCUCAAAUCGUGGUUUUAAGAAAACUGGCUGACAACACGGAAAAUGGGUCGACGUUUUCGAAAUCCACGGCCCAAGAAGUGUCAGCGUUACGAUCGGAACUGGAGGUCAUGCGGGAACGUGGCGAAGAAGCUAGGAAAAUCAAGGAGGGAUUGAAAUCCGACAACAUAAGACUCACCCACAGAAUCUCGUAUCUGGAAGAGCAGGUUUCGGAAUUGCUCAGCAGGAAAUCUGACUCCGAGACGACGUCCACUUCGAGCCCGGUCAUCUCCAAAACAACCCAAAAUGUUACUAGCAUCAACAUCGGACCUCAACAUUCGCCGGUGCCUUCUAACGCCUCCGCCGAAAUCCAAGUCUUCCAGAAAGGUCCUCAGGUCACCGCCCUCGUCUCCAACGUGCCCAACAUCGAAAGCAAAGACAACUCGGGAACGAGAUCGAAGAGUAGUCUGUCGAACGUCUCCAACACCCACAUACCGGCUCCCAGCCCGCAACCGGACUACAACUGCUACAGAUCUCACAAGCACAGAUCGCCCAGACACAACAUGAAAUCGUACGAACCUUUAGACAAUGUGACGUACAGGAAACACCACCACCAUCACCGCGAAAAGGACUACAAUUCCGAGACGAAUUCCAAUGGAGUACCCGACGGUUCGAGAUACAGGCGCAGAAACCCGGAGCACAGGUACUCCGCUGACUUUUCGAGGACGAGUUCGGAAAAAGAGUACCCCGCUCACAGUAUCGCGGACAAGAGUUACAAGAAGGCUGCCAAAAUCGUCCAAGACUUGACCAGGAACGGCAAAGACGGAAACUUGUACGAAAAGCAUAGGCAAAAGUGUAUAACGGCGUCCGAGAAAUACAACGUCGACAUUUUGAAACAUUACAACGCUAGAAAAUCGACUUCGGUGGUCGACUUUCGAUCGGAAGUCCACAUCGGACCGAGGUACGACUCGAGAAGCGUCGAAGAGUUGGACGCGGGUGAAAAUCACGGCAAGUCGGGAGGAAAAGCGUACAAGAAAAUCCAAAACUCGUGCAGCGUCAAGUCUUUGGACUUUGACAGCGAUUGUAACUCGACGAAGAACGGGUACAAGAGUGCCGACUGCAAUUCCGAAGUGGCGGAAAAUAACAAACGGUCGGCGAUCUAUCACAACUACUACGACGGUAAGCCGAAACCGGUACCGCCCAAAAAGCCUUUAAGGCUUUCGUUGCACAAGACGCACAGCCUUCAGUCCGUGGAUUCGUCGAAUAAUGACGCCUACAACGGUAAAAACGAAUCAAGGAAACGGAAUCAUAGAGGAGAAAUACCGUUGUACGGCCCUGGUAAAGUUUUGGAUAACGGGGACGUUCAUAUUAAGGAACAGGCGAAAUGGACGAACUAUAGGACCAUGGAUAACGGCCUGGAACAGGGCACGUGGUGUUAAUCGUUGUCGAUAAUUUGUAUAUAGUGUACAUGAAUGUAAAUUGCCUUAAAUGUAUUGCCAGUUGCGAAUAAAA